AUGCCUCUUCGAAGACUUAUGUAUAAUGGAAUGAGGGCGUAUAAAUUAGCACUGAAAAAAGCAUUUACAGCCAAGAAUUUAUUCUACACAAAUGUCAUAAUUUCUAUAUGCCUCUCUACCACUGGUGAUUUCUUAGAACAAAAUUUUGAAUUGUAUGUUAAGGAAAUUGAGAAAUAUGAUUACGGGCGUACAGUCCAAAUGGCUGUGUCUGGUAUGACAACUGGCAUAAUUUGUCAUAACUGGUAUAUUUUUCUAGAUAAAGUUAUAGUAGGUCGCACAUUGCAAAUGGUUAUUAAGAAGCUGCUUUUAGACCAGUUUAUUUGCUCCCCAAUUGUGAUUAUGUCAUUCUUUGCUACUGUUGCUAUUUUUGAAGACAAUCCAUUAGAAAGCUUCACAGAUGAAGUAGGAGAAAAGUUCUGGAUUCUAUAUAAAGCAGAGUGGUAUGUGUGGCCUCCAGCACAGAUAAUCAAUUUCUACUUUUUACCUACUAGAUAUAGAGUUUUGUAUGAUAACACCAUUUCAUUGGGAUAUGAUGUCUAUACAUCCCAUAUAAAACACUAUAAAUCAAAGAAUCAUUCUAAGGAAGAUAACAAUGAAAAGAUAGAGAGAUGA